AGGCAGGCUGCGCGCUCGGCGUGGACGGGUGCGCGCCGCGGCUUCGGGGGGAGAGUUGAGCGCUCUUCCACCCUCUAUUUUUUUUUCCUCUUUUUUUUCUUUUUUUUUUUUUCUCCUCUUCUUAAACAAACCACAAACGGAUGUGAGGGAAGGAAGGUGUUUCUUUUACUCCUGAGCCCAGACGCCUCUCUCUGUUCCGUCUAAGCUUGUUUUUUUGCUGAGCACUUUUUUUUUUUUUUUCAAAAAGGAAAAGAAAAGGAGUUGCUUGAUGUGAGAGUGAAAUGGACGUAAGAUUUUAUCCACCUCCAGCCCAGCCCGCUGCUGCUCCCGCCGCUCCCUGUCUGGGACCUUCUCCCUGCCUGGACCCCUACUAUUGCAACAAGUUUGACGGUGAGAACAUGUAUAUGAGCAUGACAGAGCCGAGCCAGGACUAUGUGCCAGCCAGCCAGUCCUACCCUGGCCCAAGUCUGGAAAGUGAAGACUUUAACAUUCCACCCAUUACACCUCCUUCCCUUCCCGACCACUCUCUGGUGCACCUGAAUGAGGUGGAGUCGGGGUACCACUCACUCUGUCACCCCAUGAACCACAACGGCCUGCUCCCGUUCCAUCCGCAAAACAUGGACCUGCCAGAGAUCACCGUGUCCAACAUGCUGGGCCAGGACGGCACACUGCUCACCAACUCCAUCUCUGUGAUGCAGGAUAUGGCGAGCCCCGAAGGAGCUCCGUACGGCUCCCAUCCUCAGAUUGCAGCCAUGAGGCCGAGAGGCCAGCCGACAGACAUCCGACAGCAGGCAAGCAUGAUGCAGCACGGCCAGCUGACCACCAUCAACCAGUCCCAGCUGAGCGCACAGCUGGGUUUGAACAUGGGAGGAAGCAACGUUCCCCACAACUCCCCUUCUCCCCCUGGGAGCAAGUCUGCGACCCCUUCGCCUUCUAGCUCCGUGCAUGAAGACGAGGGCGAAGACACCUCCAAGAUCAAUGGUGGAGAGAAGCGGCCUGCCUCUGAUAUGGGGAAAAAGCCAAAAACUCCCAAAAAAAAGAAGAAGAAGGACCCUAAUGAGCCCCAGAAGCCCGUGUCUGCCUACGCUUUGUUCUUUCGAGAUACUCAGGCUGCCAUCAAGGGCCAAAAUCCGAAUGCUACUUUUGGUGAAGUCUCUAAGAUUGUGGCUUCCAUGUGGGAUGGCCUCGGAGAAGAGCAGAAACAGGUCUACAAGAAGAAAACUGAGGCGGCGAAGAAGGAGUACCUGAAGCAGCUAGCAGCUUACAGAGCCAGCCUCGUAUCCAAGAGCUACAGUGAUCCUGUGGAUGUGAAGACAUCUCAGCCACCCCAGCUGGUCAACUCGAAGCCGUCGGUGUUCCACGGGCCCAGCCAGGCCCACUCAGCUCUGUACCUAAGUUCUCACUAUCACCAACAACCAGGAAUGAAUCCUCACCUCGCCUCCAUGCACCCAAGCCUCCCCAGGAACAUAGCACCCAAGCCGAAUAACCAAAUGCCAGUGACUGUCUCCAUAGCCAACAUGGCUGUGUCCCCACCACCGCCCCUCCAAAUCAGCCCGCCUCUUCACCAGCACCUCACCAUGCAACAGCAUCAGCCUCUUGCCAUGCAGCAGCCCCUCGGGAGCCAGCUCCCCAUGCAGGUCCAGUCUGCCUUACACUCGCCCACCAUGCAACAAGGAUUUACUCUUCAACCCGACUAUCAGACGAUUAUCAACCCUACAUCUACAGCCGCACAAGUUGUCACCCAAGCGAUGGAGUACGUGCGCUCUGGGUGCAGAAAUCCUCCCGCACAGCCGGUGGACUGGAAUAACGAGUACUGCAGUAGUGGGGGCAUGCAGAGGGACAAAGCGCUGUACCUCACCUGAAAACCUCACCGCCUCUCUUUUCCACUGAGGAGUUCAGGGAAGUCUUUUCAUCGUGGAUUGCAGUUCUUCAUUUUAUUAGAAAAUUCAAGUUGCUAAGCACUUAGGACCAUGUGAGCUUGUGGGUCACCCACUCUGGAAGAAAAUAGUCAUGCUUCGUUAUUAUUUUUUUAAUCCUUUUCUGGACAUUGUUCCUCUUCCCUGCAGGAAGUAUGGACAGUUCUGAUUUCUGUUGGGUUUGCUGUGAAGUGCUGCGCUCUAGUAACUGCCUUAGCAACGGUAGCCGUCUGGGGUAAAGGUCCGGGGUUUUCCAUUGGUUUUCAGAAUGGGUGUUUAUAUGAAAACUACUAAAGACUUUUUAAAUGGCUUGAUGUAGCAGUCAUAGCGAGUUUGUAAAUAGCAUCUCUGUUACACUCUCCUAGAGUAUAAAAUGUGACGGUUUUUGUAGCUAAACUGUAAUCUGAAACUGGCUCGCCCCAGUUGGUUUAUCUCACAGGGGGGUUAAAUUGGCAAACAUUCAUAUUUUUACUUCAUUUUUAAAAAAAGCAACUGAUUAAUCUAUAUUUUCAAAAUACUUGAAAAAUAUUCCCAAAUGAUUUUAAUUUAAAAACAAAUUGGCUUUGCCUUCUGAUCAGACACAAAGAACCUAGUGUGGAGGAAAACGCAAACACAUUUAUUUUGUAUUCCAGAAAAAAAAAUCCUUUUUGUAUCACUUUUGUGUAAUGAUUAGUAAAUGUCAUCUAUCUAAGUCCUUUGAUGUAUAAAGCUGCCAAAUGCUCGCCCGGUGUCUUCGCUGCAGAACCAGGUUGGGAAGCGCUAAGUGAUCAUCUUUACGGCUCUGUAUUAUUGUUUCCUCAUACCGUGUCUGUAUUUAAUCUUUUUUUAUGGAACUUGUUGCGCCUAUUUAUGAAAUAAUAAAUAUAGGUGUUUGUAAGUAAAUUCGUUAGAAUUUGAAAGAGGCUUCAUUGAUGUUUUAAUUUUUGCUGGCAAGAGAAAAAAACAAAGUCCAUGCUUGGUGUGACUACGCCAGGCUUGGUGUGAAUGCGCCAGGCUUGUUGUGAAUACUUAUUUAGUUUUUACAGUGACAUGAAUAAAACCAAAUCUGCUUUUCAUUUAGUAGCAAAUUAGAGCAACGAACCCAUAUUUCUGCUAUCUUUUGUUAGCAUAAAUGAAAAACAGUUCUACUUAGCAACCUUCUCUUCUUGUACAAUACAACAGAAAAAUGGCCCAGAAGUCUCACACGCUCCAAGCCUAAACCAACAUACACCAGGGCACCCUCUUCCUAAAAAGAGAUGGUUCUCACGUCUCAAUCCCAAAACUUGUGCUCCCCAUUUAAAAACCAAAUUCAAGUUGAGUCACCAAAAAUUCCUCAAGUCUCAUGCUCCUCGCGGCAUCCAGGAAGCAUUUAAGAAUUGACCAAGGGUUCAGGAAGAGAUCAAAAGAAGGCAUAGUGUCUAGAAUCAACCUAGAGAUGUAAGGCGAGCUACCAGACAGCCAAAGAAAUAAGAAAAGCAGCCGGAAGUGGAAGCUUUUGCUAGAAGUUGAGAGUCCUUCUCUCCUCUCUCUCUCUCUCUCUCUCUCUCUCUCUCUCUCUCUCUCUCUCUCUCUCUCUCUCUCCCUCCCUCCUCCUUUCUUCACCUUUCACAUACCCUGGGGCCCUACUGAGAUUCGCUGAGAGGGGUUAGCAUAGCUUUUCCAGCCAAAGGGGGAGAUGGGGAUUGCAGCACAUAAAUUUAUCUGGUUGGAAAUCAAGAGAGAGUUGUUGUGUGGAAUGUAUGGGAUAACUGCAGCAAUUUCAAUACAAAUAUAUUAUGUAAUCCGGUCAGAAUUAAAAAGACAAAAGGCGUGCUUGCUUUGGAAUGGUUUUCAGGCAUUGUACAACAGUGAAUCACUCAGCAUGUAAUAACUAAUAAAUAAUGCAGAUCCAAUGUUAUUAUUAAAAUGACUGGGGCUGAGAGCUCGAGUUUUCCUGUCUUGAUAUUGUCUAAGAACUCACGUGACUAAGAUCACAGUUUAUUGCUUGACUGUUUAGUAUUUUAGAAAUAUUCCGGCACUACUAAUUAACUAAUGUCUUCUAUUUGUUACAUUAUAAAACAGGAGAGCUUUCUCCUGCACGAGGUGUAAACU